AUGUUGUCGGCGGUGGAGAAUUUGGGUACUGCCGGUCCGGGCCGUGUGCCGUAUUCACGCCACCAUGCGCAUCAACCGCAGCAUCAGCAUCCGGCGCAGCAUCAUGGGUAUCAUCCGCUGCACACGAUACUGUCACCAUCACCAAUCGGACAGCUGCAGCUGCCACCGAUGCUCGGUGCGCAAACAUCCCGGCCCCAUCCGAUGCCAUCGGUCGGCAACGAGUUUGCCCGGCCCUACCCAAAGCAACGGUACGAAGAAAAUCGUGGCUUCGGGAUACCGUCCGCAUUAACAGUGGAGCAACGGCUUAAGUACGGUGAUCCACCACCAUCCUCUGCUCCUGGUACAAAUAUACCAACGCACACGCAAACCGGUCCAGUGAACCUGGCCGUCAGCAAUGGUGGAAGUGCCGUUGGGAGGGACGAGUUUAGUUCCAUCGCUUACACGCAAUGUCAUCAAAGCGCAAACCCACCAAUCCAAUCGGAAGCAGGCGGUUCGAAAUAUCCGUCCGGUGCACUUCAACCAGGUGGCGCUUAUCAACAAAAGUAUCAGCAGGAACAGCAUCAGCAAAUGCUAGACUAUCUUGGUGCGCAGCAGCAAACGAGCGGAAACCGUAUGGUUUGCUACCCGGCAAUUGGGUCGCUCGAUGUGUUUGGAGGUUAUCCACCGCUAAAUUACGACAUGUAUCCGUACAGACGUGCUUAUAGACGUUCGACGUACGUACCACCGCCAAAUCAUCGACCACUGGAGGCACGGUACACUGGUGGAGCGGCCGCUUUUUUGCCACCACGUGCGCCACCACCAUCACCGGACGCAGGCACUAGCCGGCUUCCGAAAGCAGCCGCAGCGCCGAUUGCUAUCAAAUCAAAAAUGUGGCAUUUGCCAUCAUCAUCGCCACCAGCACCACCUACGCCAUCGUCGCUGGUCUCAUCGCAUUAUGCUGGCAGAGAUAUUGCGAUGCCGACAGCAUCUAGCAGUGUGAUCGCCACCAGCGGGGUUGAUACACUCAUUGAAUCGUACCGGGCGCUGAAAUCCGCUCACAUGCAACAUCCGUACCCUAGAAUGUGGGCACCCGAUCCGCUACAGCCAUCGCAGGCGAACGCCGCAUAUCUGAACGAUCUGCCCAAUGUCGCCGGGCACGAUGAGGAUAAUAAUGGCCCACAGUAUCCGAUGAUUACACACGGUACGCCUGUAAGUCACAUGCCAACACUUCAGGAUACGUAUAUGGCUGCCAUACAGCAGCGUCAUCGACCGAAAUUCGGUUCCAUGCCAUCUGCUAGCACGGACACAUCGUCCACCGCCAGUCUAAUUCAGCAGGAGUUUAAGGUACCGCAAGGUCAAGGUAUGGAAGGCUUACAAAAGUCACGCCUGGGAAAUAUACGAGUAGCUGAUCCACAGCUAAUGGUUGGGAAUGGCACGUCGUACGCCACUGCACUCGGUGCAUUCGACGGAGCAGCCAAUACUCGCCGCAGCAACAUCGAGAUCGAGUCGCACGAGCUACCGGAGGGUAGCGGUGGCGCCCAUCACCAAAUUUUGCACACGACAGUACUGAAGCCGAAAAUGUUUCUACGGGGAUCUUUGAUUUCCUUCCGGAACGGUGUGAAGAAACCGGUCGAACAAGUACGACUGGAGGAUUUCCUGCUUACAGCUGCCAUUUCGCCGGACGUGCGCCUAACGGAGGCACAAACGCGUCGUAUCACACCGCGCUACAGCGGUAGUCCGGGAGAUUCGGUCAAGAGAAUACUGGUGCGCUUCGCCUACGACCAGCAGCAGCGUCAUGGUGCCCUCGAGACGACCAUCGACUAUCCGUUCUUUGUUACGACCAAGGGUUGGACUUCGUAUAGUCCGGAGCGCACAUUCAACAGCUACGGGUUGGAAUGCGCCCCGAUGGAGGUUGGUGACGUGUUUAUCGUACUUGUGCCGCGUCAUCUGUCGCCCGAAAGUAUUCGCCAGGAAGAGUUAUCGGAAUGCCACGAGCGAGCAUCCGAUCACUUCCCAACGCAGCAGAACAGUGAGAGUCUGCAUUUAUUAAACGUCUUUUCGAUGCAUCCAAACGGUACUCAAAGCUCGCCCACAGAGGAGCACUUGUGCCUUCAGCAUCUGCUGCAACAACAGCAGCAGCGGAGUAAAGCAUCCGUUGCGGAAAUGGAAAAUGCAUCGGCUGAGGAACAACAGCGUGAAGAAAAUGGUGGCAGUCCUACGAUCCUGGUCGACGAUAAUUCUCCAAUUACGCGCGAUUGGAUGGCGGCAACCACUUCCGACGCUUCCAAAGCAUUCGGGUCUGGAAAGCGGCACCAGGACGGACAACGGCGAGCUACCGGCAAGCGUAAGCUUGCAGAGAUGCAGUCGCAGGAAAUUUUCCGUCAGGGCAUUCCGGACAACUCCCGCGCCGAACAGCAAACGCCGUAG